CGAGCCGCAGCAGAACAGUGAUCACCUCCACCGGGAUCCACAUCGGCGUCCCGCCUCCGCGAUCACGGCGGCCCUUUUUUUUUUCCACGACUCCGAAGACAGGAAGUUUGUUUAUCUCUCUCGAAUAGGCAGCGCCGAGCUUAGCCAUGGCGGCCGAAGCGAACAAGGUGGAGCCCGCGGAGAGCGAGCAGGACGAGGAGGAGGACGUGUACGAGGUGGAGCGGAUCAUAGACAUGCGGGUGGAGGAGGGCGAGGUGCUCUACAGGGUACGGUGGAAGAACUACUGCUCUGACGACGACACCUGGGAGCCCGAGGCCCACCUGGAGGACUGUCGGGAAGUCCUCCUGGCCUUCAAGAAGGCGGUGACCGAAGCCAAGGCCAAGAAAGAAGCGGAGGCCAAGAAGCCGGCGAAAGUGCUGCCGUCGAAGAGCGACGUGUUUGACGCCGACUCCGAGAGUGACAGCGACAAAGAUCGGCCGACCGACGCUCCCAUCAAGAAAAAGAAAAAGAAGAAGAUCCGGGAAGAAGAGGAGGAGGAGGAAGAACCGACUCCCAAGGAGAAGAAGAAGAAAAAGAAGAAGAAAGACAAGCUGAAGGAGGAGGUCAAGCCGCUGCCCGCUCCAGAGACCGACGAAGAGGAGGAAGAAGAGAAAGUCCCGACCCCGCCUUCCCCUCCCAAGGAGAGGAGCGCCGACCCCAAGAAACGCGUGGUGGAGUCCGAGGAGGACGAGGACGAGCUGGUCCCGUCCAAAAAGCACAAGAAGGACAAAGGAAAAGAGGGACUGAAGCAUCGCAAGGAAAAGGGAGAGGGCAAGAAGAAGAAGGGCAAGAAGGAGCGGAAGCUCGAAACCUCGGAGGACGAGGUGGUCGCUCCGCUGGAAGACGACCUGAGCGAAGGACCGUCCGAGUCCCAGACGGACGACGCGCCUGCCAGCGAGCCUGCAGCCAGGCCGGUGGACAGAGCCCUGGAGGACCGGUCCAGGCAGAAGGGGAAGUGGGAGGUGAAGCUGCAGGGCAUUAAGGACUUAAUUCAAGACAAAAAGAAUUUCAAGAAGCAAGACGCAGCAACGAAGGACGGCAGCCUCCCCAAAUCCAAGAGCUCCGCCUCCAAAGGCAAGGAGGACGCAGCUCCGUCGGACUCCAGCGACGGCCCCACCCUGCUGAAGAAGGCCAAGAGCAAAGGGCAGGACGGCGCGGCGGCGGCGCCUCUCAAAGCCGUGUCCUCCUCCACGUCCUCGGCCUCCUCCUCGUCCUCCGUCACCGCCGCCGGCGCCAGCAAGACCCGGGACGACGAGCUCUCCAAAGAGGAGCUGCUGGCUCAGAAGGAUGCCGCCGGCUCCACCAACCUGUUUGAAAAGUUCCUCUUGAACUGUGAGGCGAAGGACCGUGCCCCCCGCCGGGCCCCUGCCCACCCGCCGGUCCCUGAGAAGAGCGGCGGCGGCGGCAAGCCCUCCAAGUCAGGAAAGCUGGAGAAGACCGCCAGGUCGUCCAAAGAGUCUCCGGCGCAGAAAGCAGAGUCCGACAGGCCGGACAAGACCAAGCAGUCGGACGUCCCCAGAGCGGGCCAGAGCCACGGCUUCGGCCUGGACAGCGAGGAGAGGGACGAGUCCUCGGGAAAGCCGAAGCCCGGGGACGAGUCCCGGGAGCGGAGGGAGAGGCCAGAGGACGCCCAGCGCCCCGGCUGGGAGCGGAGAACCUCAGCCGACGACAGGAAGAAGCGGCGGGAGGACAGCGAGCCUCGGCUCUUCAUCGCAUGCGACGACGUCCAGGAUCCACCGGAGAGCGCCGAUAAGUCUGACAAGGGACAGACCACCCUGAGUCUGGGAAUGGACCUCAACCUGGACUGGAUGAGUCUGGAUGACUUCCAGAAGCAUCUGAACGGGGAGGAUGAGAUCCUGUCGGGUCCGCCGUUAUCGCCAAGUGAGUUAAGAGACGCUGUGAAAAGCGGGGACUACAUGGCGGUCAAGCUGGCUCUCAACUCCAAAGAGGACUACAACCUGGACCAGGAGGGAUGUACUAUUGGUGUGAAGAGGUCAUUUGAAGGAGAAAGGAGCUUGGUUGAAGAGAGGAGCUCGAGCAGUUCUCUUAGGUUGACCUCUAACUUUGACAGUGCAAGAAACGAAGAGUUUACGCCAAAAGAGAAAGAAAUAUUCCUACAGGAGUUGGAUGGUCUGAAAAAUGAGGCUAAGUUGCGGCGUUACCCCGUCAGUACGAACACUGAGCAGGUGACAGAGAGCGAACUGGAAAGUAUUGAGAAAGUGUUGAAUGAUAUAACCGAGUCUGCGGCUUAUGGCUCAGCUACAAAGCAGGACGGGCACGUAAAUGAAGUCCAGGAGGAAACGCAGAGAGACCGCAGAAAGGGUGAUUUUACACGUAACCUCGUUCUGAACAUUGGUAGUUCUGACCUGACUGGAAACGCAGAGCAAAAUUCACCCAAAGAAGCCAAUGAGUCGAGCGAUGAGGCCGAGGAAGGCGAGGCUGGUAACUCGGACAGUACAGAUCAGCCCCCAGCUGAAUCCGGCUUAAAGGAAACUGCGACAGGACUGUUACGGCGUAGUAAAAAACCUUUGGAGAAGAGGCACCCAACGCGGUCAAGUCAAAGAACCUGUAGGAAAAUCAUUGAAAUACCACCAGAGGUCUCGGUGGAUGAAAAAGAGAGAGAGUCUCAGAGAAAACACUUCUGUCUGUACUGCAAAAUGUCUUUCGUCCAACUCGCAAAACACUUGGAAAAAAAGCAUGCCGACGAAACAGACGUGGCGCAUGCCAUACACUUCCCUAAAGGCUCCAAGGUCAGGCAGACUCUGCUUGAUGAAAUUCGCUAUAAAGGUGAUUAUGAACAUAAUUACCAGGUUCUCAAAGGGGUCGAUGUAGACACUGUGAGCAAAAAUGAGGUGAAAAGCCCCGCGGUGUCUGUCCGCGACUUCCUGCCCUGCCAGCACUGUUUUACUUUCUAUCGCAAAACUGAUUUAUGGAGACAUGAGCAGUCCUGUAAGGCCCGAAGGGGAGAUCCAAAGUCCGCUGAAAAGACCCUCAAACACGACAGCCACAGUCCUGUUCCCCAGCCGCUCCCCGUGUCGGAGUUCUUAACCGAGUCCUGUCGGGAAAUCAUCCACAUCAUGCAUCAGGAUGACAUUUCCGCUCACGUCAGGAGUGAUCCGCUCAUUUGUAAAUAUGGAAAUGCGCUGUCUGCGAAGUAUGACCACGACAAGUCUCAGUUUGCUUACAUUGCUCAAAAGAUGCGGGAACUCGGCCGAUUUGUGCUCGCAGUGAAUGACAUCGACAAGAGUGUGAAGUACUUGCAUGAAAUCUGUCUCCCCUCAAAGUUUGGACUGGCUGUCGAAGGGGUCAAAAGACUGAGUGGGUUUGACCCCGGCUCCAGCACGUUUAAGACCAUCUCUCUGGUUUCGAAGCUGGGCUACUCGCUGAAGCGAGCUGCAGAAAUAGCUUUUGGAGAAAGCCGCAUGACGGAGGACGGUGAAACCGAGACGCAGGUGAAAAGGUUCAUCCAGCUUCUGGACACAAAGUGGAACGGAUGUUUUUCUCAGAACGCACACUCUUCACCCCCGAAGCAAGACGUCAAGAAGGUGGAAGUGGAUAAAUCAACGGUGACGGAAGAUCUUAUAAAGCUCUACAUGUUCAUCAUGGGUGAGGAAGAUGAUGCCAGGAGGGAGCUGAAGGAGAGUCCAAGUUUGUCGACGUGGAAAAAGCUCAGCGAAGCCACUUUAGCAGACGUGUGUCUGUUCAACAGAGGCAGGGUGGGAAACAUCGGCAGACUGCUGUCAAAGACCUACGUCCACAAGAAGAGCGGCGGGGCUUUUCUGCUCUCGGCAGAUCAGGUGCGGAAAAGCUCGAAGCUGGAGCUGGAACUGGGUUCUAGUUUCACUCGGCUGGAGUUGGAGGGCCAGUACGGGAGGAACAUGCUGGUUCUGCUAUCCAAAGGAAUGGUUUCCUCUAUCGAUUUGCUGGUUGAAAAUCGGGAGCGAGCAGGGGUGUCUAACACCAACCCGUACCUGUUCGCCCGAACCGAAGGCCCGUCCUUCAUCAGAGCCCUGGACUGUUUCCGGAGAGCCGCGAUGGAGUGUGGAGUGAAGAACCCGGAGGCGCUCCUCUCCUCGGCGCUCAGAGAGCAGAUCGCCUGCUGCUGGCAGUUACUGAGCCUCAACGAAGCUGAACUGGAUCAGGUGGCCGGCCUGGUGGGGAGGAGCAGCCAGGAGUGUUACAUGCUGUCAAAACGUCCGUCCUUGCUGGAGGAAGUGAGCAAGCAGCUGCUGAAGAUGGAUCGCAGUGGGCCCAAAAGUCCACUGAACGCUGCUAAGGACGGACAUGCACAGAAGCCUGCUCUAAAGAGGCGACCUUGGAGCGAGAAGGAGCAGACUGCAGUGAAGCGGGGCCUGAGUGAAUUUAUCACGACCAUGAAGGUUCCGGGCAAAAAGGAGUGCAAUGCUUGUAUCGCUGCUGAGCCAGAUCUCGAAGGGAGAUCUUGGACAGAUGUUAAAAACUAUGUACACAACACACUACAGACAAUGCGCAGGAGGAAUAACCAGCAGAAGUCGGGAAGGAGCUCACAGGUUUUAAACCCAAAGAGGCCAAAGGCUGGAGGGCAAAAUGAAAGGACGGCUCUGGAAGACACUAUCAUGGCCAACAUGACUACGAUUGAUCCCGAUCACCUGAGAGAGAGCGCAGACUGCUGCAUGACCAUGCCGACACACACCGAGUUGAGAGACUCGUCGCUCUUCACACAGGAAAUGACUCCGACCUAUGCGUCUUUGUGUUCCACAAGUGCAAACAUGAUCCACGCAUGCCAGCCUCUGGUUUCCACUUUCACACCGCUGAACGCUACCGACACCCAAGUGGUUCCCACAUUUACUCCACACAACACAACCAACGCCGCCAUGCCUCCAGCGUACACCGUAGAUAACAAACUCUUGCCAAUGUCGUCUUUGUUUACACAGAUCACUACAACUAUGUCCAGCCCUGCUGUGUAUGCAUCACAGGACACUACCGUCUCACCAAUACUCCCUUCCUUCACCUCCCUCACUGCUCCCAGUACCUCCAUGGUUCCUACAUUCACACAUCUCAAUGCUCCCACUGCCCCGAUGAUCCCCACGUUUUCGUCACUCGAUGACAGCAGCAGGCCGAUCGUUUCUUCUUUCACCGCACUCAACAGUUCGGUUGCUCCUGCUUUCCCCACGAGUCCGCCUCAGGUUCUCACAACUGCACAGGUUGUACCGACAAUCCACGGUUCUAAUGUCUCUGACAGCGCCCCGGUCACACAGGACAGUACGCCCAGUUCCUCAGCGGGGGUGCAGCCGUCUCCAGAGGCCAAGCCUCAGAAGAGAAUUAAGAGGCUGUGGAGCGAGGAGGAGCAGGCGGCGGUGAGGCGCCAGCUGGGAGACUUCUGUAAGCUCGUGAAAGUACCGGGAAAAAAGGACUGCGAUGCAUGUUUAGCUGCGGAACCGGCUCUGAACACCAGAACGUGGAGGGAAGUCAAAUAUUUUGUUCAUAACUCCAUUCAGUCUCUGAAGAGAAGAGGGCUUGUAGUUUCUUCAAAGCCAAGUGAGCCACAACCAGAAACUCCUAAUGUGAGCUCUGAGUGGGACGGCCCCGUCUAUCUGUCCUUGUAAAUAAUUUGAGUGAAAUCAUGAGUGAUUGUAAACGUUUCAAUGAGGGCUAUCGCUGAAACCUCAGUGUUUGGACUUCAACAGUUCGGUGGACGUGAGCUCCAGUGUCGGUGGUGCUGUUAGUCACCCGUGCUGAAAUUCCAUGUGAAUCCUUCCUUUGACAGUGUUGCUGCUCAAACUGUACGUCUGAGGGAACGAGAGCCCCGAUCCACCGGUCACGGCGGCACGACCAACCAACUUGAUUGCAUGAUUACACACUACACAGGUAGAAUGAAGGGGGGGUUUUUUUCUACCAUAGGAAGAAGUGGAUAUGAACGGAUGAAAUGGUCAAAUGAAAUAUGUCUGAUCAGCAGGGUAUUUUUUUUUAUUAUUAUUUAGAAACUCAUAGGAAUGGAAAAACGAACCAUUUUACGGUCUCUUCCUUGCACUGGGCAUUAUCCUCUUUUUUUUGAGAAAAAGACAUCCUCAGUUGCUACGUCUUUUUCCUGCUUUCUUACGAAACCUCAGCACACGGUUCUGCCUGUAGCAUUUGUAAGUAUUUUGACGAUCAGAAGGAAACACGAGUACUUGCCAGCAGAUCAUUGCCGUUAAACGCCACAUGGUGACUGGUGCAAGUUUUCUUGCUUUGCAUUUUCCCCAAAAGCUUAAGCCGAGUGUACGACACCGUUUCUUCAGCCAGUAGCCUCUAUUGUAGAUAGCCUGCAGCUCUAAUGACGUACCUUGCUUGCCAAUAGAGAAAUAGGAUUUCUGUGUGUAACCCUGAACAGGACAGGAACAUUUUCUUGGGGGAAUCAUGUCAAUAAUCGUACAUGAUUGUGGGUAAUUUUUAGUUUCCUCUCCUUCAGUACUGGCAAUCUGCCUCAAGUGUUGGUUGUAUUUUUGUAUCACUUUACACUGAGUCAAACAUUGAAGUAUUUUCUAUUAUAUUUGAUAUGUUCUAAUAUAAUUUUAGACAUCCGCGCCAGUCGUCUCAUUCGUAUGACUUCAUAAAUGUAAGUCUUUACAUUGACUUCAUAUUUUGGUUCAUAAUACCUUAUUCGUUGCUAUAAUCUCAACCUCUGCAAGACAUGUCUCCCCUAAAAGUUCCUGAAACAUUAUUACAGUAAUUUGUCAGAUAUUUGCUGAAAUAUCAACCACUCAUUUAACAGGCUGACUUGCAGUAUUUCCAUAGACGAGAUCGUAACCUCAUUUUUAAUGCUAGCUUUACUUUCCCUCUAAGCUAAAACUAUUUGCGAAGGUCACUCAUUUUGUGUUUCAGGGCAUCAUUUUGAUAUUGUCCAGAUUAAAAAUUCCAGGAAUUAAAAAUCACCUAUCAAAUGGGUCCAAACCAAUAAUGGUUCAUGAAUUUUUCUUGGUGGGUUUUCUUCUACGCUUUAGUUUUACUUUACUAUUUAGUUUAUAACGGCCGUUGUUGAUGAGCAGCAAAAUGAAGAGUUAAGGUGAAGUUAGGUCCAUAAGAGCGACGUGGUGGUGUUUUUCAGUCUUUUAUCGUUUUGAGUUGUUCUUAGCUGCGACUGAAGUGAACUUGUGAAGAGAAGCUAGUGUUCACCCUUUCAUACCAAAGUCAUUAGUCCCAAACCCGACUGUGGAGUGUUGCAGAGCCUGGUACGUUGUUUCUCGGUCGACCCUCUCCGCCAGUAGUAGACGGGCUUUUUCCGUCCGGUUCUUCUUUGUAAAAGGAGUAAAACUUAGUUUCAGUGUAUAGUGUAGUUAUAGACACAGAUGUAUUUGGAAAUACAAAUCUGAAAGGUUUAUCGAUCUUCUGAUUGUUCAGGCACCUCCAUUGCUGUCGAGCUUUUUUUUUCUGCAUAGUGUAUUUUAUUUUCUUGCUGUUGUAUGAGCACUUGUUGCAUGUUUGUCUUCACCUUGUACUUCUGUUACCUUUGAACUGAUGCUUCCUGUCCAGUACCGUGGAGGGACUUUAUAACUGCUUGUACAAUAAAAUGCUUCUUGAUUU